AGUCUUUUAAGUUACAUUAAUGAAAACAUAAUUUCUACAGUAUAUGUGAAUGCCCGCAACUGAUGAGCUACUGCUAAAUGCACUUGUUCACCUGUAUGUCUGCAUAUAUUAUCUGUACAAGACUGCUGAAUUGGCUUGUUGAAAGUACUUUUGUAUUUCAACACUGCUCUUCAAAAGUAUUUGUUUUUCAGUUACAGAAACCAUGUUCCUGCUAUUUGGAGGAAAUAUUUCAAAAGUUUAAAAUGCCAUGAUGAUCCACAAGAAAGACUCAAUCUGUUUACUACUGUGUGAUGCCAGCAGGUGGAGAGUUUUCUGCUGAAAGUUAUACUCAAAAUAUGCACUUCACUGCUAUUAUUCUGUGGAGAAUUAAGGCUACCUAAUAGUUGAACAAGGAAUCAAAUCUGUUUUUCAGUCUUAAUCAGACUGCACAGAGCACUACCAAUUCCUAACCUGCAGUUUAGACCCCUGAAAUGGUUUUCAUCAAGCCUUACUGUACAUUUUAGGUCCAGACAAACUGGCUGCAUAAAAGUUCAUUUGCAUUUUCAGAAGGAGUGGCAGACAUGAUGGUUGCCAUCUGUUGCAAUAUUAGGGGGUGAAAUAAAUAUGGAGUUUUAUUGUGUGUAUGAAAAUCAAGGGGCUUCUUUAACUCUUCAUGCAUGAAUUAUUACAAAACAGAGCUGUAAUUUUUUUUCCACAUCGUUUUUUUUAUUUCUAAGGACAUGUAAAAGGAUAUUGAAAAAUUGUUGGCUCCAUGACAACCUUAGGACAUUACAACUCUUAAUGCAUGUUGUCCACUAGAGUGGACAGAGGGUUUUUUAAUGCACAGUACAAUAAUUUACAGUGCUCCUUAUAUCUUACCUAACAAGAAUAUAUUUUGUAACCUGCUCUGUUCUCUGUGAAUAGAAGGUUUUCACAGUUACACCAGAGGUACUUUGAACGUUUCCACCUCCACCCACCAUUUUGACCUUUAAUGUAUCAAAACUAGAAAAGCCAAUCAAAUGUAACAAUAUGGAGCAUAUCAAAAUUAAAAAUUAAGACAAAGGUCCAAGGAAUCUGCCACCAAGCAUUUUUGAAAUAAUAAAAAUAGACUUUGAAAGCCCUGUCCACUGUACCGGACACAAUGCAUGAAAGGGUUAAGAAAGGACAGUACACCUGCUAAAGAUAAAGAAAUACAGCACAGAAGAGUGCAGAUUAGCAUACUUUAAAUAAAUGAAAUUUCCAUCUCUAAAGAAGCUCCAUCCGAGCUAUUUUUAUUCCCAGAAAUGCCUCUGGGUAUUAACAGAAGUACACCUCAUAACCUCCUCUUGAAUAUGACUGGUUAAACUAAAGCAUUUAUCAGAAGACACCAACAGAGAGCACCAACACUGGUCACCAGUGGUGAAUUUGGUAAUGUUAUAUUCAAACGAGUUUAAACCCUUGUUAUGCCAUGAAGUUGAACCUUUUCACUCAUUCAUUGUCCACGUUGUGACAUUUAUCGCGCUCCGAUAAAAUAAUGUGUUUUCCUUUGUAUUUUAAAAGAUAAUAAUGAUUCUUCUUCGUCUAUCCGCAACAACAACAACCAUAAUAAUAGUAAUAAUAAUAAUUACUAUUAUUGUCAUAAUUGUUAUUCCUUUACGAUGGAACAUGUCAGAUAGAAAUAGGUGGUCGUGAAAAGCAGAACUCAUUGCAGCCUGAUAUCUGCAUACUUGGCAGUAAAUUGCACCGAAAUGAAGCGUUCGAAAGAAUUAGUUUUAGAAGGACCAUUUUUUUCACCAGCUCUUUUGUAUACAAUUUUGUAAAUGUGCAGCCAUAAAUGCACAUGGCAAAACAGAAUACGCAUUUGUUUCUAGGUGUCUUUUUAUAUAAACGCCACACCUGCUGCAACGCUGUAUCUCAUGCGACAGUCCAUGACGCUUUGUAAUGGUUCCAUUUUCCAUAUGGUGCAGUUGCUUGAUUCUGACGAGUUGUGACUCGGAAACAUUUAAAUGCAACACACAGAUUUUUUUAUUAUAGUAACCGUAAUAGAUGGGUCAAAUUAUUUGUGAAGAAACAAAAAAAUAAUCCAAAUUCAUACUCACCGCGCUCGUGAAAUGAAGCAGGCAUUGGAUGAUACUGAGGAUGUUUCGCUGGAUUUCGGAGCAGAGGAGGAAGAACGGGCGCUAAGGACUGCGAAAAUAAGACACCCCAUGGCUACGUUUUUCCACUUGUUUUUUCGCGUAAGUGCCAUCAUUACUUACCUGUUCUGUGACUGGUUCAGCAAGAGUUUCGUCGCCUGUUUCGUCAUGAUCAUCACCCUUCUCUCCUGUGACUUCUGGUCUGUAAAGAAUGUGACUGGGAGACUGCUGGUGGGCCUUCGCUGGUGGAAUCAGAUUGAUGAAGAUGGGAAGAGUCAUUGGGUGUUUGAAGCCAAGAAGCCGUGUCUGCAGAACAAGACUACAGCGACCGAGGCAGAGGCCAGGAUCUUCUGGCUGGGGCUCAUCAUCUGCCCUCUCAUCUGGACCGGCUUCUUCUUCAGCACACUCUUCUCUCUCAAGCUGAAGUGGCUGGCCCUGGUCAUAGCUGGCAUCUCUCUCCAGGCUGCGAACCUUUAUGGCUACAUCCGUUGCAAGGUUGGGGGAGAGGAGGGUGUUCCCAGCUCUGCUUCCUCCCUUCUUGGACAGCAGUUUCUCCAGAGGCCGGAUAUCAUUUUUGGCGUGCUAUAAAAGAAGGUUAACAGUUGGAGACUGUGCAAUGUGUCAGUGUGUAGGUGUGAUGGCUGAUAUAUGACAUGGACGCUGUCUGUACUGAAGCAUCAAUUUAACCAGGCUGUACCGCUUCAACUUACAGUAUGCACUCUAGUGUGGAAGAUAAUCCCAACAGGUUUUACCAUCGCAGAAAAGAACAAAUAAAUUCUUUAAAAAAAAAAAAAAAUGAUGCUUAUAAUGAAAAAUAAUUAAUUGAGAAUGAACUUUUAUUUUAAUGCCUGGAACGGGCAGUAUAUUCAAUGUAAGUUUUGUCUGUACACAAUAAAUGCACCUUUUUUCUUUGCA